AUGCUCAGUAGCCAGGGAGGGCUUCAGUCCAGAGCAACAAACUCUCCCACUCUUUCUGUUUGUUCCCUGGGAACUUCAGAAUUCUUUCCUCAGUCUCUCCAUGGAGAGAUAUCUAGCCCACGCCUCUCCCCAGGGGCCACGCCGCUCCCGGGCUGGGACAUGAUGAGGCCAACCAGGCCCUCGGGGCUCUGUCUUCCUAAGCGGAGUUGGAUGUGGGCUACAAACUUUGUUGCUGUUUCUUUAGUCUUGCAGCUGUCUGCGCGGGCCUCUCAGGCUCCCCGCCACUUCCGGGAAAGUGCUGUGCCCAAGAUCGGGAUUGGAGCCCUUUUGGAAAACUCAGGUUUGUUCUAUGGAAGCGAUGGCUGGGAUCCUCGCAGCAAUCUGUCUGUUCUUGGAUCCUUUAGCCUGCCCUUCUUCCCAUCAAAGGCUUCACACCAUGCACACGGCUGUCAUCUCCUGGAAGAACCCCCAGCUCUUUUCCAGGGGCUCUUGGAAGAAGCUCCUUUGGAAAAAGAUCAGGACUUCUCCUAUAAGAAGUUGCUCCAUAUAGAGAACUACCAUUGCAACAUAACAGCUGAAGUGCCACUUGGAAAGGGAAAUGACAGAAGAACUGAAGACUUUGACCUGCUCCUGUCUUCGGCAGCCUCCAAUGAACCUUGGAGUCAUUCAGUAUUUUCUCUAAUAAGUUCAUGGACCAAGAAGACUUUAUUCAAAAGAGAUUCUUCUAUCAUGCACCACCUGCAUGAAGAUGUUUCCAGUAUUUCUGUGUCUUCUGAGUAUGGGAUAGUUUUCCAGAAAUGUGCAAUGGUGUCCCAGCAGAGUGAGGCUGAGACUGCCUCUGUGAGACUUUUUAUUAACAAUACCAAGACACCUUCUGCAGCCAACCUCUCUGAUCUUGUCUUGCUGGACAAUAUUACAGGCCUCACUGUUCUGGAAUCCUCUGGAAAUAAGACUGCAGAAGGGUUUCAGGUAUUCAGAAAGAAAUUUCUCCAAGCCGGCGAUUUUUACUCAGUAAGCUAUCGUGCCCUGCUGAAAGCCAAAGAAGCCCGAGACAGCAAGAUUCUGAGUCUUCCUGCCCAGCUAACCUUUCAGAGUCUAUCGCUGAAUAAAACACAGUUGAAGGCACAUUUGAAUGUAAGAGAACAAGAAAAGACAAAGGUUUCACCAAACCAUGGUGCCCAUGCAGCAGGAUUUUUCAUUGCAUUUCUAGUCUCUCUGGUACUUACCUGUGUCAUGUUUUUAUUUAUAUCUCAGUCCCUGUGUCUCAAAUGGAACAUCUGUAAUAAAAAUCGGGUCCAGCAGGGCUUCCAUCAAGAAAGCAAGCUGGAGUACUCACAGUUCACUUCAGUGGAUGGUGUGAGUGAAGAAUUCGCCAUCGGUGACCAAAUCAUUGACAUACUGUCAUCUGAAGAGCCAGGGAACAUGGUUGAAGCCUUAGAAGACAUGGAGAUAGCAACCCUGACCCGGGCAGAUGCGGACUUGCAGGCCUGUCGUAUGCAGAUUAGCAAAGACAUAAUUGGUGUGUUAUUGAAAAACUUGAUUCUCAGUGGCAACCUCUCACCCCACGUGGAGAAAAGGAUGAGUUCAGUUUUCAAAAAGCAGUUUCUCAUGAUGGAGACUGAAGUACAAGAAGAGUAUGAUCGGAAGAUGGUAGCUCUGACUGCAGAGGGCAACCUGGAGAUGAGGAAGAAGACAGAGGCUCAGUGUCAGAGAGAGAUGGUGGCCAUGGAGGAAGCUGAGGAGCUGCUGAAGCAUGUCAGUGAGAGAUCUGCUUUAGAGUAUAGAAAUUUGCUGCACAAUCUACACCGACGGGAGCAGGAUCAUUUGAGGAAGUCUCUUUUGCUCAAACGGGAGGAAGAUUUUGCAAAAGCAUACAGGGAACUGGCAAUUUUCCAAAGAAAUGAACUACACAACAUCUUUUUUACACAGAUAAAAAGUGCUGUUCUGAAGGGAGACCUAAAAUUAGAGGCUGCUAAAAUGCUCCUUCAGGAUUAUUCUAAAAUACAGGAGAAUAUCGAAGAGUUAAUGGAUUUUUUACAAGCUAACAAGAAAUACCACCUGAGUAAGCGAUUUGGCUACAGAAAAUACCUGAUACAAAGCUUACAGUCAUUAGAAACCCGGGACCAAAGUCUUCUGAACACAGCAACAGCUCAGAUAACAAGCCUUAUCCACAAAAAUGAGAGAGCUGGGUAUUUGGAUGAAGACCAGAUGGAAACACUGUUGGCUCGAGCUCAGGCAGAAGUUCUUUUUGUUCAACACAAAUUGGAAAAUGAUUUGAAGCAAGAAAAGAAAAAACUUCACCAAAAGCUAACAAUUAAGAGAAGACGUGAAAUGAUGCAAAAGCAAAAAGAACUGCGGAAGGAACAACUUUCCAUGAGGGAUGCUAUCAGAACCUCUGGAGAGGUUAGCCAUUACUUGAUCCACUGGCAGACCAUGCUAUCUGACCACAAUGCCGCAUUGGAAGAGCUGGUUGAAAGGCUUGACCAUGAUGCCCUGGAAGAACUGAAGACCUUAAACCAAGGUCUUACUAAGAAAGCGACUGACGAGCUGAGACGCAUCCAGAAUGGGGUGGUGACGCAAGAGCUCCUCAAACUCAAUGUACCCUGGCUCUUCUUGCAGCAGAUCCUAGAAGAACACAGCAAAGAGAUGGCUGCUCACACUGAGCAGCUCGAGGGGGAAGAAAGGGGCAAGAAUCAAGAUUACCUCCAGAACAUGAAGCAAAAUCUGAAUGAUGAACUGGAGAGAGAUGUGGCAGAACAGAAGGAGUUAAGGCAUUGGGAACAGCUGGUAUUCAUGAAGCUUCUGUGUUUGCCCCUUUCCUUAUCUGAAGAAGAAUUGCUUAAAAUGAGGCAGGAGUUUCACAGCUGUUUUGCCCAGAUGGACAACAGCUUAGCCUUGCCUAGGAUUCGGGCCCGGGUAUUGCUGCAGAAUUUCCAGUCAGAUUGGAGAGAAGCUGAGUUCCUGAAAGUAGACCAAGCCUUCACAGCUCCAGAUAUUCAGCAACAAUCAAAAGUCAAAAAGCAACGUGCCAAGAACAAAAGGAAGGUAGACAUUUUGAAGAAAUCCGUGGAAGACAAAAUUCACAUCUUUGAAGAACAGGCCAGUGAAGACCUCCUCGAGAAGGUCCAGAGGGAGUUGCUACUGGAAAGAGUUGGCCAGCUGAAGGCUCUGGAAGACAAACUUGGGGAGUAUGUAACCUCUGUGCAGCUCCACAAGGUGACAAAGAAAUGGAAAACUCAGGAGGUUUACACCACUCUUAGCACUGUCCAGGGUUUGCUGUUGGAAGAGCUGAGCACAUCAGAAACCAUGACAAAGUCAGCCUGUACUCAGAUCCUGGAGUCACACAGCCCUGAGAUUGAAGAGCUCGAUAGGAAGCUGGAAUAUGAGUUGGUACACAGAGAGACUGCACUGCAGCAGCGAGCCAUCAUGGACAGACAGCAGUGGAUAUCUGAAGGAGUUGGCCUUUUGAGUCAAACUGGAGAAAUGAAUUCAGAAAGGCAGGUUUCUGCUGUGCUGUGGCAGGCCCUGACAAAGUCUCAGAAAGUACUAGAGCUUCAUAAUCAAAGUUUAAGGGAGGAGCAUCAGAACAGCAUUGUGCUUGAAGACUUGCUAGAGAACAUUGAGAUGGACACAUUUUUGACCCUUUAUAACCAGGAGCUGCGACUGGCGUCUUAUUUAUCCAAGCUGACAAAGGUGCCAGUGGGGAUGUUGCACAGGCUACUAAGCUCGAUGCUGCCUUCAAGUUCACAGACAGAGCUCCUCUCUGUUCUGGAUGCAGUCAGUGAUAAGUAUGCAGACAACCUCAUUGAAAGUGACAACAAUGAAGCACCUGCAGACAGCAGUAUGAAGAGGAAGCACCAGGAGCUGUGGGAAGCUUUAGAGAUCAAACUAAGACAAGAUCUGAUCAGCACAGGAUUAGAAAAGACACUUUCAGCUCAGAAGAAGAAAGAGAGUAUAUUAAAGAAGACACAGCUUCCCCUCAUGGAGAGAGUGGCGUUGUUCCGAAGAGGAAGUUUGCCAAAACUUUCAGCAGAUUAUGUUGGCCAGACCUCUGAAGUUCAGAUCAGAGGUGCAGAAAUGAGUGACUUAUUAAGCACAGGUGAGAAAGUCUUCAUAUUCAGAAAUCCAGAAGAGCCUACCAUCUCUCUGUAUGCCUCAUCAAAGAGAAAGAAGAAGAGCUUUCUGAACUCCAAGAAGGCCUCAUUGGCUGCCUCAACAUCUGGGAGUAAAGAGGACAGGAAAUUCUAUCCUUCAGCUGAAAAUCAGAACAUUGACCUCUAAAUGCCAAUAAAAGUUUAAAUACAUUUGUAUUUUUGUAUAACCUUACUAUAAGUUGCAAAUAUGAAACAGACACACACAUAGCCAUUGGCCCAGUUUCUGUUUUAAUCUUUGCCUAGUUGGAAUGAGUCUGAGAGUGGACUUCCCAGGGAACAUUUGCUUUCUGGGGAGGCACCUCUAGUGCAAGGCGUAAAACAAAGCUGGGACAGUGGCAGCGUGCACGACCGAGUCUGAACAAAUAGACUUGAGAGCCCUCAUCAAUUUUCCUUGACAUUUGGCAAGGUCACCUCUUUCACAUUAAGAGAAGAGAGUCAUUGGACUGUGUUUGCUAA